AUGGCUUCUACUAAGAGAAAGGCGGCUGAUCAAAUGCCCCACGACAACGACCACAGCCCGAAACAUGCCCACAUUGAAAGAAAUCAGCCUAUGAGCUUGAAGGCUGCUGAAGGCCUUGUGGUUGAGGCACUCCGAGCGGCAGAUCAGAAGGAAAGGCACCUUGCCACGGAGCUUGCCAAGAAAGACCGCGAGAUUGAGGAGCUCAAGAAGAAGUUGAAAGCUGCCAUAAGCACCCCGGAACAUUCGAAGCAGGGAAUUUCAGUGCCCCAGGGUCCUGACAACCAGGAAAUCCGGAUUGAAUACGAGAAACUGCAGUAUCUAGUGACCGCUUUGGUAAACGAGUUCUUCCAAGGCCCCCCCAACGUAGAGCCUGGCAACGAGAAGGGAAGCGUUCGUACCUACUUCAAGAGCCUGAUCCGCGACGAAGACUACGAAUCCUACCUGAGUAAGGCCAAACACAUUUUCAUUGAGGCCGUUAUCUGGAACAAACUGAUCGAUGCGUUGCUCGAGAUACCGAUUGCCGCAUUUGUGGAAAAGGAAGAAGCCAAAUUGGAGGCCACUUUAAAGGCAAGCGCCUCACGCAAUGGCAAGCUUCCGACCUACUACACCUUGCGCCCUCUGAUGAGCUAUGUUCUGUCGCCAAAUGCCGAGGGCAAAAGCCUGUGGGCCGCUGAUGGUUCGCAGCGAAUGAAAUUGAUCAACCAUUUGUCGAUGGUCCUGGACGACUACUCGGGGCAGGCCACUCUCAAGGUGCUGAAGACCAGGAUCGGGGAGAUCGUGGAUCGUGCUGUCACGCUGGCAUCGGCCAUGGCACACUCCAGGGCUUACUGGGUCUGCGAUACAAAGAGCCUGUUCAACGGCUUCAACAUCAAGACGGACAGAAUGGAGGAGGUACCGAUGUGGGCGGAUCAGGGUGCAGAUGCGCGAGUUGAUCUCAUAGUGGCUCCAAUGCUGUUGAAAUUUGGGAACAGCGACGGCGAAGGCUAUGAGGAUUGCCGAGUUGUCAGAAAGGCAAAGGUCGUCAUGAACCGACUUUUGCCACAGGACAGUGCAUCAACUCCGGAGUAG